AGAACAUCGCAUCUUCACAAAAAGAAACAAAGUCUGCUUCUUCAAGAUGGAGGUGGCAAGUGUGCCACAGUUUCUUAGGGGAAAGACGAUGUUGGUGACCGGUGCAGCAGGCUUCCUAGCAAAAGUAUUUGUGGAGAAGGUGUUGAGGAUUCAAUCAGAUUUGAAGAAAUUGUAUCUUCUUCUCAGAGCUUCUGACUCUGAGGCAGCCACACAACGCUUGCACGACGAGAUCAUAAGGAAGGACUUGUUUAGAGUUCUACGAGAUAAGUGGGGUGCAGAUUUUGAAUCUCUGAUAGCAGAGAAGGUAGUUCCUGUUGCCGGAGACGUUUCUCUUGCCAAUUUGGGUAUUAAAGAUGCGAGUCUUGAAAAGAUGUGGGAAGAAAUCGACAUUAUUGCUAACUUUGCCGCAAAUACCAACUUUGAUGAAAGAUAUGACAUCGCCAUGGAGAUUAAUACAAUGGGGGCUUUACAUGUGUUGAACUUUGCAAGGAGCUGCCAUAAGAUACAGGUUUUUCUUCACGUAUCAACUGCUUACGUUUGUGGAGAGCCUGAGGAAAGAGAACUGAUUAAAGAGGAACCAUUCCGGAUGGGUGAAUCCCUAAAAGAGGGCUUCAGAGCAUUAGACAUUCACGCGGAAAGGAAUUUGGUGCAGAAAACAAUUGAACAGCUCAGAUCAAAAUAUACUGGCAACGAUGUGGCCAUUACAUCUGCCAUGAAAGAUUUUGGAAUCAAGAGAGCAAACUUGUAUGGAUGGCCAAACACUUAUGUAUUCACAAAAGCAAUGGGAGAGAUGCUUCUGUCACGAUAUAAAUGUGAGAUUCCGUUAAUUAUUAUUCGCCCUACCAUGAUCACAAGUACCUACAAGGAACCCUUCCCUGGUUGGAUUGAAGGUUUGAGAACACUUGAUGCCGUAGUUGGUGGCUAUGGCAAAGGAAAAAUAGCAUGCUUUCUUGGUCAUCCUCAGACAAUUUUAGAUGCGAUACCAGCGGAUAUGGUGACAAAUUGUAUUCUGGCGGCAAUGGCAAUUCACUCGAACAAAUACAUAUACCAUGUUAGCUCAUCAUUAAGAAAUUCUCUCACAAUUUCUCGUCUCCAUGAUAAUUCGUAUCUUUAUUUCAAAAACAAACCCUUUACUGACACAAGUGGAAAGCCAACCAUCAUAUCCAAGGGACUCAUUUUGUCAAGUAUGGCUAGUUUCCAUGCUUACAUGUUGAUUCGAUUUGUGCUCCCACUUAAGGCACUGUAUCUGGUGAACCAAGUGUUUUGCCAGAGCUUCCGAGACUUUUAUAAUCGAAACGACAGGAAAGUAAAAAUUGUGAUACGAAUCGUUCAACUCUACAAACCCUAUGUGUUUUUCAAGGCAUUGUUUGACGACACGAACACAGAAGAAUUGCGGGAAAAAGCAAAGAUGGUAAAGGAUGAUGGGUUUGACUUGGGGUUUGAUCCCAAAAGCAUAGAUUGGACUGACUAUUUGAUGAAUGUACACAUUCCCGGCCUCGUCAACUACGCUAUGAAUUCAUCUCCCAAAUUGCCCAGACACGGAUGAAGCUGUUAGGGGGGGGGCAAUUAAUGAUAUAUUUGACGAACUAAUUAAUUAACUGAAAAAUCCCAGAAGUGUAUGAUUUACCCAUGAACUCGAUCUUUAAUAUGGAAAAUAACCGGUCAAGUUUGC